ACAGCUCUUAUUACAAGACUGAAGUCAAAAUUCACUGGAAAGAAAUGGCAGAAUCAGCAGCGAGUCGGUUUGUGGAUCAGUUCAGCUGUCCAGUCUGUUUGGAUGGACUGAAGGAGCCGGUGACGGUUCCCUGUGGACACAGUUACUGGAUGAGCAGCAUGGGCCAGAAGGAGCAGGAGCCGCCGUACCGCUGUCCCCAAUGCAGAGAGAGCUUCAGUCAGAGACCUCUACUGAAGAAGAACACUCUGAUAGCUGAGAUGAUGGAGACACUGCAGCAGACGGCCCUACAAACGGCUGCUGUGGACUGUGAUGUUUGCACUACAGAGAAGAGCAGAGCUGUAAAGUCCUGUCUGCAGUGCUUGGCCUCCUUCUGUCAAACUCACCUGCAGCUUCACUAUCAAUCUCCAGCGUUCAUGAAGCACAAACUAGUCGAAGCCUCCAGAAACAUUCAGGAGAACAUCUGCCUCAGUCAUGGGAAACUUCUGGAGAUUUACUGUCAGGACGACAGUCAGUGCAUUUGUUGUUUGUGUACUGAUAAUCAUAAAGGACACAGUGUGGUGUCUGUGGAUUCAGAGUGGACUAGGAAAAAGGAAGAGUUAAAGGAGAUAAAGGAGACGUGCCAAAAACUGAUCCAGGAGCGAGAGAGGGGUCAGCGGGAGCUCAGUGAAGCUCUGAAGCUUCUUCAAAGUUCAGCGCUAGAGACCAUGGAGAACGUUGAGAAGGUCUUCACUGAGCUCAUCUGCUCUCUUGAGAAGAAACGCUCUGAGAUUAAAGAGCAGAUCAGAGCUCAGGAGAAGACUGAGAUAGCUCGAGCAGAGGAACUUCACAGACAUCUGGAUCAAGAGCUGACAGAACUCAGAAAAAGACAAGCUGAGAUUGAAAAACUACUGAUUACUGAGGAUCAGGUCAAUUUUCUGAAGAGCUGUCAGUCUGUGUGUGUUUUACCCACAUUUGAAAACGUUCCCAUUACACAACACACUCAUCUGUAUUUUAAAGAUGUUUCAAUCUCGAUAUUUAAGGAGGUUUUGGAUGACAUCUGUCAACAACAAACAGCUAAAAUAUCACAAGAAGUGUCAAAAGUCUGUGUUGCCAAGACCCAAAAUGAUUUUUUGCAGUAUUUCUGUGAACUUCACCUGGAUCCAAACACUACAAACAAUGCCCUCAAACUAUCUGAGGACAACAGGAAAGUAUCAUUUACAUAUAAAAAACAGCAUUAUCCUGAUCACCCGGAGCGAUUUGAUAGAUAUGUGAAUGUCAUGUGUCGAGAGGGUUUGUGUGGUCGCGGUUACUGGGAGGUCGAGUGCAGUGGAAAGCAAUGGGCUGUAGCAGUUUGUUACAAAGGAAUUGGACGUAAAGGAGACAGUGAUGACUGUAGACUUGGUGACAACAAAAAGUCCUGGAGAUUCAGCUUCUAUCUACAAAAUUUCUAUUUCACACAUGACAAAAAGAAAGUCUCAGUCCCUGCUGUCUGCUCCUCUAGAGUAGGAGUGUAUCUGGAUCAUGGAGCAGGAACUCUGUCCUUCUACAGCAUCUCUGACAAAAUGACUCUUCUUCACAGAGUCCAGACCACUUUCACUGAACCCUUAUAUCCUGCGUUUUUCGCUGGAUAUGGCUCAUCUGUCAGGAUCAUAGAAGAGCAGAGUUUAAAAAUAUAAUGCAUCAGAAAAUACUACAUAAAUAUGUCAUGACUGUAAUUUAUAGUUAAAUUGACACACAAAACAUUCAUUUAAAGGCACAAUGUGUACGUUUUGCCGCUAGAGGUCGCUUACUCAAAACUAGGGGUGUUCCCGAAUACAUAGUCAAAUCAGAUUCAUCGAGCCUUGCUAUAGUCGACUGAUAGUCGAAUCAUGCGUGUGAAAGAAAGGCUGCACUGCAGACAGGAUUUGUAUUUCACAUGUCGGCAAAUCUAAUGAAAUCGGCUAAAUUGCCUGUGCAAGCACGCUCUUAGUAGUCAACAUUGAUGCACCGAAAAACAAUCAAAAACGAAUUUACAGAAUUAAAUUAGAACAGUAUAUACCUUUCUAAUAAAUAAAAAUGAAAUAAGUAACGGUGCAGAACAUCAGCAGUCCGGCGCCGAGAACAGAAAAAGGUAAAAAGCCCAAGAUGAAGCCCGUGCAUGCCUUUAAGGUACGUUCAUAAUCCUGUUAAACUUUUUUUGGCUGUUGACGUUAAUAACAUUUAU